ACUCCCAGAGGCCGGAGCACACUUGCUUCAAGUGCUGAUGAAUGAGGCCAGAGAUGGGUCUUUGUGUGGAACUCCAAACGCUGUGCAUUGCCAUGAAGAGUGUUGUCCUGGGUUGAAUAUAUGAUGCUUUUAUCCCCAAUCGUCUUGUUCUGUUUACGCUGAAUAAUAUGUUUUAAACCUUUAAGACUCUCUUCCAGACAGUGAGGACGGGAGGGAAGAAGCGCACAGUUUGUUUUCAGACUGCUCUCACUCCUCCACAUUCCUGCUCCUGGACUGUGUUUUCUGCGGAUGGACAGACAGCCGGACAGAGCUCCUUUUUUCCCUUUUUCUUUCUUUUAGUUAGUUUUAGCUAGCUGAGGCAAAGAAGUUCUCCAGAUUGUGAUUUUUUUCCUUUUUUCUUGGACCUGUUCAAGCCUGCUCUGCACUGAACACCCAGAAGAGCACCGGCAGCUCCACCUGUAGCCCCUGGCCAGGCCUAGGCCGCGGCGUUUCCAGCACCAGAGACUGAUCAGAGACUGAGUGAGCCGAGCUGCAACCAGGAGAGAGGACUGUUCUGAGUUUGCUUUCCUUGGAUCAGUGAGAAGUUUUAUUGUUUAAUAUUGUUUGGUUUCUAUUGUUUAAUAAACAGGUUUCUUUCCACUUUUCUCCAAAGAAAUAUUUUCUCCUGAACCGGUUGGAGGGUGGAGGGGCAAUUGGAUCUGCUUUUGUAGAGAAGCCCCUUUGGGAGUUAUCUCCCAAACUUGCCCUAAACCAAGACAAAUACAGCUAGUGGCGCCCAACGCGUGGCUUGAGAAAGUGGAAAAAAACCCUUUAUUGAUUGUAGGUUUGUUGUGCUUGGUGUGUAGUAGGUUAAAGUACCCAGUAGCCAUGUUAUUUGAAUUUGUAAUGUCUCUUGGGGAGGCCUUUAUGUGGCUCUGGUCUCUAGACCUUUUUGAGGUUUCAAUACCUUUCUGGUCACUAGGAUUAUUGUCCCUAUCACGUAGUUUUUGCGGUAAAGGGGCAUGGAUUAGAUUAGCUAUUGUGUUAGCCUUGGUGAUAAUGAUUUAUAAGGCGUUUACAAAAAUACUGGCGUCUGUUUACGAUAUGUAUGGUUUAUGGUUUCUUCGUCUUACCCUGCAUCCCAGUUCUAGCAGUAUGUUUUGGGAAUUUAUUAGUAAUUGCACCCAGCUGGUUAGAGGAGGAGCAAGGAAUGAGGCUUUCCAGCCUUUCCUUUCCUUCUUCUCCUUUGAAUCUGUUAUGUCACUUGUAGAGAAUGUUCAGUUUCCCCUGAAUAUUAAAGAGACCAUCUUUCUGGCAUUUAAUCUAGUAGGCUUCCUCUAUAUGGUCUGCAGCUUCUCUAGAAUCAGGGCUGAGAUGUCUAGAAGAGCUGAUGAGACCCCUGACCCAGAAGUAGACCCACGUGUGGAGAAUCCUGAGUGGGGUGGAGAAUGGGAAAAUAUGAGCCAAAUCCUGAAAGAAUUCUCUGACCCUAUAGUCUGGGACUUUCCCCAUGAACAAAUUCAGAACCCAGCUGAAGUGGGGAAAUAUCUGAAAGAGAAGUAUCUCAAUGAUAGCCCUAAGGCGAAAAGGAUCAUUGCAGUAAGCUGGGCCCUAGCAUAUGCUUAUCGUACACUGCUAGAUACUCUAGGGCAGCAGACCGAGGAACGGGGGCAGGGAGAUACAUCAAGAGCUAUCCCAAUCGCUCAAGUUGCAACCAACACCCCAAGCUCAAAACCAGCAGCUAAACCACAUAGUGAACCUAAGCCAGUGGUUAAACCAAACAAUAAGCCUCAACCAAUAGCUGUUGCUACUAGCACUAAAAGUAAGAAGUGCACAGACAAGACCGAUCGACCAAUAGAUGAUAAUGAUGAUGAUGCAAAAGAAAGACCCUCAACAUUUCCUAACAUAAAAUCAGGAGUCAAAGCAACUAACACAAAAUCAGAAGCCAAUAUUAAGUCCUUCUCCCUAAAAGACCUGCGUGGCCUAAGGAAGGAUUACACCCGACGAUCUGAUAAAUCCAUAAUUAGCUGGUUAGUCUGUCUUUAAAAUGCUGCAAGCGAAGCUACAAUUCUGAAUAACACAGAAGCGAAGCAUUUGAGAUCCCUGUCACAUGAUCCUGUCAUUGACCAAAGCAUGAUGAGGGGGGCUAACCCUCACAGCCUCUGGGUACGGGUCUUAAACAGUGUAGCGCAAAGAUACCUGUGUGCCGAUGAUCUCUACAUGCAGCAAACACAGUAAAAAACCAUAGAACAAAAGAUUCAACGCUUGAAAAAAAUAACAAUAAGAGAAAUUAUAUUCUCAGAUGACAUAACAACUAAAAAUCCAGACUUAGUACCAUGCACAUCUGUGAUGUGGCGAAAACUAGUACAACUUGAACCACAUGAAUAUGCAUCUGCUCUAGCUAUCAUAAAGCGAGAUAACACGGAUGAGACUGUGCUUGACAUGGCAAAGAAACUCCGAGCUUAUGCAGAUGCUGUGCAUAGCCCCACACAUGCCAGAAUCGCAGCGGUGGAAACACGUCUGCAGAGAUUAGAAGAUAAGAUAAAAAAGAAUCAUAAGAAGCUUAGAAAAGAGAUUAAAGAAAACCUUCUCCAAAUCUCAGCAGUACAGAUCAGAGGUUCUAGUACCCAACGCAGACGUUCCCCAGAUGGAGAAAGAAAGUACACCCCACGAGCUGAGCUGUGGUUCUUUCUGCGUAAUUGUAGAGCAAACAUGAAGCUAUAAGAUGAAAAAUCCACCGCUGCUCUGGCCCGAAAAGUACGUGAAUUAAAAGAAGACAAAGCUCAGAGAAGAAGUUCCACCACAAGGAAAGCAGCUCCAGUUACCCAUAGCCAAACUGCCAGGAAUGAAUCGGAAGUGGAAAGCAGCCGUAUGGAGCCCCACACGACAGGUUGCAGAGGCCACUGAAGGAGAAGAUGGAUCAAGCCAACUUGCUGAACUCAAAGCUGUUCAACUGGCCUUGGACAUUGCUGAAAGAGAGAGGUGGCCAAAGCUCUACCUCUACACUGAUUCAUGGAUGGUAGCCAACACUCUGUGGGGAUGGCUGGAGAGGUGGAAAGAGGCUAAUUGGCAGCGUAGAGGAAAACCAGUUUGGGCUGUUGAAGAGUGGAAAGACAUCGCUACCAGGGUAGGGAGGCUACCUGUGAAGGUCCGCCAUGUAGAUGCCCAUGUCCUCAAGAGUAGAGCUAAUGAGGAGCACAAGAACAAUGAGCAGGUAGACCAGGCUGCAAAGAUAGGGGUGUCCAAGACAAACCUAGAUUGGGAGCAUAAGGGAGAGUUAUUCCUAGCUCGAUGGGCCCAUGAUGCCUCAGGUCAUCAGGGUAGAGAUGCCACCUAUAAGAGGGCACGAGACCGAGGAGUGGAUUUAACCAUAGACAGUAUUUCUCAAGUUAUCCACAACUGUGAGACGUGUGCUGCCGUCAAACAGGCCAAGCGGAUGAAGCCCCUAUGGUAUGGUGGGCGGUGGUCCAAGUACAAGUAUGGGGAGGCCUGGCAGAUUGACUACAUCACACUGCCCCACACACACCAAGGCAAGCGCUACGUGCUCACAAUGGUAGAAGCCACCACAGGAUGGUUGGAGACCUACCCUGUGCCUCAUGCUACUGCCCAGAACACCAUCCUGUGCCUGGAAAAGCAAGUCCUGUGGAGACAUGGUACCCCUGAGAGGACUGAGUCAGACAACGGGACUCAUUUCAAGAACAGCCUUAUCAGCACCUGGGCCAGAGAACAUGGCAUUGAUUGGGUGUACCAUAACCCCUACCAUGCACCAGCUGCGGGAAAAGUGGAAAGGUACAAUGGGCUGCUAAAAACCACCUUAAAAGCCUUAGGUGGGGGAUCUUUCAAAAAUUUGGAGCAGCAUUUGGCAAAGGCCACCUGGUUAGUUAAUACCCGAGGCUCUACUAACUGAGUGGGCCCUGCCCAAUCUGAGCCUUUGCAUAGAGUAGAUGGAGACAAAGUCCCAGUGGUACAUGUCAGGGGUUUGUUAGGGAAGACAGUUUGGAUCAAUCCUACCUUGAGUACAGACAAACCCAUUUGCGGAGUUGUUUUUGCUCAGGGACCAGGUUGCACAUGGUGGAUAAUGCAAAAAGAUGGAAGAACAGGAUGUGUACCUCAGGGAGAUCUGAUUGUUGGGUGAGAACUAUGUAUAAAUAUCACUGUUUGCUGAAUGUUACCACCAUUGUCUGUGUAUAGCUGUAUAUUAGAUGUAUAAUAUAUGUGUUUGUAGAGUAAGAAUAUAUAUUAGUUUUAGUAGUAAGCCGAUGAUAUGGGGAUAAGGGGUGGAAUGUCCUGGGUUGACUAUAUGAUGCUUUUAUCCCCAAUCGUCUUGUUCUGUUUAUACUGAAUAAUAUGUUUUACACCUUUAAGACUCUCUUCCAGACAGUGAAGAGGGGAGGGAAGAAGCGCACAGUUUGUUUUCAGACUGCUCUCACUCCUCCACAUUCCUGCUCCUGGACUGUGUUUUCUGCGGAUGGACAGACAGCCGGACAGGGCUCCUUUUUCCCUAUUUUCUUGCUUUUAGUUAGUUUUACCUAGCUGAAGCAAAGAAGUUCCCUGGACUGUGAUUUUUUCCUUUUUUCUUGGACCUGUUCAAGCCUGCUCUGCACUGAACACCCAGAAGAGCACCAGCAGCUCCACCUGUAGCCCCCCUGUCUGAGCCUGGGCAGCAGCAUUUCCAGCACCAGAGAGACUGAUCAAAGACUGAGUGAGCCGAGCUGCAACCCAGGGAGGUGGCUGUUCUGAGUUUGCUUGUUUUUUUGGAUCAGUGAAAAGUUUUGUUGUUUAAUAUUGUUUGGGUUCUAUUGUUUAAUAAACAGGUUUCUUUCCACUUUUUCUCCAAGGAGAUAUUUUCUCCCAAACUGGUUGGAGGGUGGAGGGGCAAUUGAAUCUGCUUU